AUGGGAGAGGGGGAGGAGAAGAAGAAGAGUGGAUGCUUUAAUGUUGUAAUAGUUUUAUGUAUAUUUUUGAUCGUGGGAUUAGAUAUCUUCGCGGGUUUUAUGGCAAUGCAAGCCGAAGUCGCCCAAGAAGCGGUGAAACACACGAGGCUGUGGUUAGUCGAGUGUAAAUCUCCAAGCCAAAGAGCUUUCGUGUUAGGGAUAAUAGCAUUAGGAUGUUUGGUAGCAGCUCAUAUCAUCGCCAUUAUGAUAGGAUGCAGUAUCUCCAAUAUGCUCAAACUACUUGUCGUACCUAAGAUCAGUGGAUACAUCAACAUGGCCUGUCUUUCUCUCACUUGGAUGGUAGCAACUGCAGGAGCGGUGAUACUUACGAUGGGCAUAUGGACGAACAGAGAGUCAAGAUCAAAAUGUGGAUUCACAAACAAAAAUAUUCUGUCUUUAGGAAGCAAAGUGUGUUUCCUUCAUGCCAUUGUCUCUGUCGUUUUGUAUCUAACAACUAUCGUCUCUAAGAAAUGUUGUUUGUGA